GAUCUGCGGGGCGUGACGAUAGUAGAGCUGAUAAAGAAGGAAGGCAGCACCUUGGGCCUCACCAUCUCUGGAGGAACCGACAAGGAUGGAAAGCCCCGUGUCUCUAACCUACGUCCGGGGGGUCUGGCUGCCAGGUGAGAUUUCUUUUUUUUUGUGAACAUUGAUGUAUUUACUUUUUUUUUUUGUGAAAGUAUUUCAUGAGGGUAUGAGAUAUGCAAGCAAUUUAUUUUUUUUAUUUUAUUGAACCUUUAUUUAACUGCCAAGCAAGCAAACACAUCAAGAGAGAAGAGAGAGAGGGGUCAACCCUGACUUGAGCUUUCUCGACCAGAACACUAUACGGAGGACAGGACUACAUGUUCUCUGCCUAGAAUAGGCUAGAAAUCUUUAUUGCCCAUUAAACAUAGACUGAGUGUACAAAACAUUAGGAACACCUGCCCUUUCCAUGACACAGACUGACCAGGUGAAUCCAUGUGAAAGCUAUGGUCCCUUAUUGAUGUCACCUGUUAAAUCCACUUCAGUGCAACUCAAUAUUAGUUUUGUACAGUCCAGUGUAUAUUUCAUAAAAGGACAAUUGUCCUUCAGUUCUGCCAGACCUCCAUCGCCUCAUGCUUACUCAAUGUGGAUGGAUGCAGACUUCAUCUUCCCUUCCUAGUGCCUAGACCUCCAUCCCCUCAGCCACCAUUCACAGCCUCUGACCCAUGCUGAGUCCCAAAUGGCACCCUUUCCCCUACAUAGCACACUACUGUACUAUGGACCCUGGUCAAACGUAGUGCCCUACAUAGGGAAUAAGGUGCCAUUUGGUAUGAAACCGUAGUCACGCUGUAUCAGGCCCUGAUGUAGGAGGAACCACCUGACAUUUCAUUUCACUAGGGGCAGAUUUCCAAAACGAGGGAUCCGUCCCAAAUAGCAUCCUAUCCCCCACACAGGGCUCUGGUCCAAAGCAGUGCACUAUAUAGGGAAUAGGGUGUCAUUUGAGACAAUAUCUAAGGACUUUGGAUGAUGAUGCUAAAUAUAGGCACCGAGUCUUGGUCUUCGGGCAUUAUGGGCUUGGGCUACUGACUGACCUGUUUGGCUUUUAAAGAAGGCUUUCGCCCCAAGGAGACUUACAGUUUAGCUGCUCUGCAAGUUGUACUUGACGUGCUUUAGCCUUAGCUGGACCAUUUAUUUAGAAGUGGCUUUUUAUCCAAAGCCGUCUGAUUCUGAAUAAAGAAAGUGGGACAUGUAAAAGUCUCAAUUUUACUCAUGACUGGCAUAUUUAAUGCUGAUACUAUAUUAGCUGAAUUAGCAAUGUACCGACAAAGCAGUAUUAAUUCUCACAUGUGUGUCGUCUCACAGUAGCUGUGUUUAGACACUAAUGUGUGAGACUCCUAUAUUGCAGUAUAAUAGCCUGUUGGCAUUGGAGAUCUGUCACCAUGUGUAUCUGGAGAUCUGUCACCAUGUGUAUCUGGAGAUCUGUCACCAUGUGUAUCUGGCAUCACUUUAAUGCCGGUGGGUGAGUGAGAAGUUCUCAUUUAGGAGUAGCAUCAAAGGAGCUUUCUUUAUGUUUCCAUUUCCAACAUUUACAUUUACAUUUACGUCAUUUAGCAGACGCUCUUAUCCAGAGCGACUUACAAAUUGGUGCAUUCAACUUAUGAUAGCCAGUGGGACAACCAUCUUUAAAAAAAAAAUGUUUAUGGGGGGUGGUGGAAGAAGGAUUACUUUUAUACUAUUCCAGGUAUUCCUUAAAGAGGUAGGGGUUUCAAGUGUCUCCGGAAGGUGGUCAGUGACUCCGCUGUCCUGGCGUCGUGGGGGAGCUUGUUCCACCAUUGGGGUGCCAGAGCAGCGAAUAGCUUUGACUGGGCUGAGCGGGAACUGUGCUUCCGUAGAGGUAGGGGAGCUAGCAGGCCAGAGGUGGAUGAAAGUAGUGCCCUCGUUUGGGUGUAGGGUCUGAUCAGAUUAUUAUUCUCUAUACAGUAGGUAGAACUACUUCCGAGUGGCGCAGUGGUCUGUGCCACUAGAGAUCCUGGUUCGAAUCCAGGUUCUGUCGUAGCCGGCCGUGCGGCGGCGAACAAUUGGCCCAGGGUAGGGGAGGGAAUGGCCGGCAGGGAUGUAGCUCAGUUGGUAGAGCAUGACGUUUGCAACGCCAGGGUUGUGGGUUCGAUUCCCACGGGGGGCCAGUAUUAAAAAAAUAAUGUAUGCACUCACUAACUGUAAGUCGCUCUGGAUAAGAGUGUCUGCUAAAUGAUGUAAAUGUAACUAUAUUUCAAACAUGUCCUUUAUUUUUUGGAACAGUAGCAGAGGAGAGGGCUUUGCAACAUGUGGUAUUUGAUUGACAUUCUCUACUUGUUGACAAGCUCUCUUCCAUUAAAACUAUCUUUCUACCUACCGCUCUACCUCACAAUCCUAUUAUAAGAAACACAACAUCAAAAACCAUUUUCCGGUGGAGUCUGCCUUCAAUACUUCAAACCAAAAGUUAUCUAUCUGGCACUCACUCACAACCAACAAGGAACGCAUCGAUUAACUCUGUCUGGUGGAUGGGCCAAAAAUAAAAAAUAUAACUCUCUCUGGUCCUAUCCGUUUGUCUGUGUGGAACAUGCAACCAGAAUGUUGUGUUGUAGAAUAUAAUGGAACAAGAAUGUUGUGUUGUAGAAUAUAAUGGAACAAGAAUGUUGUGUUGUAGAAUAUAAUGGAACCAGAAUCUUGUGUUGUAGAAUAUAAUGGAAGCAGAAUGUUGUGUUGUAGAAUAUAAUGGAACCAGAAUGUUGUGUUGUAGAAUAUAAUGGAACCAGAAUGUUGUGUUGUAGAAUAUAAUGGAACCAGAAUGUUGUGUUGUAGAAUAUAUGAAAUAGAAAGCUUGUCCUGAAAUGUGUUUUCUCCCUGGAGCGAGGAGACUGCUGCUGAGUUGGUAAUAUAUUUUUGUCAGGCAUCAUUGUGCCAAAUUGCCGAGGCCCAAGGGUGUGUGUGUGUGUGUGUGUGUGUGUGUGUGUGUAUGUGCCCAAGGGGGAGAGAAAAUAAAUAACAUUCCUAAUUACCAUCUAAAUGAACAUAUGUUGACUCUCUGUAGAAAGCCACGUAGAAGACAUACAGAAGAAAACAAAUCUUAUUUUAUAGUUGCCAUACUACAGAGUUUGAUUGUUAUUGAUUAUGAAAGUAUUGAUUUGAAAUUAUAUAUAGGAUUGUAGAUUUGAACCAACGCCAUGUUAUUUAUCUGUCGUUGAUCCUGAAGCCUAAAGGUUUAAUGAAAGGCAGGAUCUAUGAAUAUCAUAUUGAUAAUACUGUAUGGCUUUAUGAUCCUGUCUAAUAGGAGUGAUCAGUUGAACGUCGGCGACUACAUAAAGUCAGUGAAUGGUAUCAACCUGACCAAGCUGAGACAUGAAGAGAUCAUCAGUCUGUUGAAGAACGUGGGAGAACGAGUGGUGCUGGAAGUAGAGUACGAACUGCCUCCUUCAGGUACGAGCAGGUUCAUUUGAUUGAUAGAUGGUUGAUUGGUGGAGGCUUUCUCUUUUUCUUAGUCUAGGCCCCAGUUAUCAGGUACAACAGGCCCCAGUUAUCAGGUACAACAGGCCCCAGUUAUCAGGUACAACAGGCCCCAGUUAUCAGGUACAACAGGCCCCAGUUAUCAGGUACAACAGGCCCCAGUUAUCAGGUACAACAGGCCCCAGUUAUCAGGUACAACAGGCCCCCAGUUAUCAGGUACAACAGGCCCCAGUUAUCAGGUACUACAGGCCUCAGUUAUCAGGUACAACAGGCCCCAGUUAUCAGGUACAACAGGCCCCAGUUAUCAGGUACAACAGGCCCCAGUUAUCAGGUACUACAGGCCCCAGUUAUCAGGUACAACAGGCCCCAGUUAUCAGGUACAACAGGCCCCAGUUAUCAGGGACAACAGGCCCCAGUUAUCAGGUACAACAGGCCCCAGUUAUCGGGUACUACAGGCCCCAGUUAUCAGGUACAACAGGUCCCAGUUAUCAGGUACAACAGGCCCCAGUUAUCAGGUACAACAGGCCCCAGUUAUCAGGUACUACAGGCCUCAGUUAUCAGGUACAACAGGCCCCAGUUAUCAGGUACAACAUGCCCCAGUUAUCAGGUACAACAGGCCCCAGUUAUCAGGUACAACAGGCCCCAGUUAUCAGGUACAACAGGCCCCAGUUAUCAGGUACAACAGGCCCCAGUUAUCAGGUACAACAGGCCCCGGUUAUCAGGUUCAACAGGCCCCGGUUAUCAGGUACUACAGGCCCGGUUAUCAGGUACAACAGGCCCCAGUUAUCAGGUACAACAGGCCCCAGUUAUCAGGUACAACAGGCCCCAGUUAUCAGGUACAACAGGCCCCAGUUAUCAGGUACAACAGGCCCCAGUUAUCAGGUACAACAGGCCCCAGUUAUCAGGUACAACAGGCCCCAGUUAUCAGGUACUACAGGCCCCAGUUAUCAGGUACUACAGGCCCCAGUUAUCAGGUACUACAGGCCCCAGUUAUCAGGUACAACAGGCCCCAGUUAUCAGGUACAACAGGCCCCAGUUAUCAGGUACAACAGGCCCCAGUUAUCAGGUACAACAGGCCCCAGUUAUCAGGUACAACAGGCCCCAGUUAUCAGGUACUACAGGCCCCAGUUAUCAGGUACAACAGGCCCCAGUUAUCAGGUACAACAGGCCCCAGUUAUCAGGUACAACAGGCCCCAGUUAUCAGGUAAAACAGGGCCCAGUUAUCAGGUACUACAGGUCCCAGUUAUCAGGUACUACAGGCCCCAGUUAUCAGGUACAACAGCUCCAGUUAUCAUGUACAACAGGCCCCAGUUAUCAGGUACAACAGGCCCCAGUUAUCAGGUACAACAGGCCCCAGUUAUCAGGUACAACAGGGCCCAGUUAUCAGGUACUAUAGGCCCCAGUUAUCAGGUACUACAGGCCCCAGUUAUCAGGUACAACAGCUCCAGUUAUCAGGUACAACAGGCCCCAGUUAUCAGGUACAACAGGCCCCAGUUAUCAGGUACAACAGGCCCCAGUUAUCAGGUACAACAGGCCCAAGUUAUCAGGUACAACAGGCCCCAGUUAUCAGGUACAACAGGCCCCAGUUAUCAGGUACUACAGGCCCAAGUUAUCAGGUACAACAGGCCCCAGUUAUCAGGUACAACAGGCCCCAGUUAUCAAGUACUACAUAGAGAGAGAGAGGUACAGAGAAAUACAGAAUGGUACAGCAAGUGAGAGGCAUAUGAAUGAUGUCACUGCCGUUAAAUCACAGGUUUUACUGGGCUCGUUCCCAGUAACCGACGGACAGCAAUGAUAAAUAGACAGAACAUUAUUACAAAUCUGUGAGGUCAGGCAGAAUCGGUUAGGCUUGUAAAGUUCAAGUGGCUGUGUUUAAAUGUCUGUUUUACUAGAAUGGCAGAUCGGGGAACACACAGAGAUGUCUUACUUGCAACCCUGAUAUCAUACUGGCAGACCACGUGACCUGAGCAGGUAAAACCCUAGGCUAUAGCGGAUAACUGGGGCCUGUAGUUCUUGACAACUGGGGCCAAAUUACAGAUUUGUAAUAAUGUUCUGUCUAUUUAAUUCAUUGCUGUCCGUCGGUUACUGGGAAACGCGCCCCAGUAAAAAACCUUUGAUUUAACGGCAGUGACAUCAUGUCAUAGGCCUCUCACUCCCAUGUACCCAUUCCUCGGUACCUCUCGAUCUCUCCUUAUCCCUCUUGCCUCUCCUUUCUCUCCGCUAAUCUCUAUAUAAUCGCUCUCUUCUCUCUCCUCUCCUCUCUCUCUCUUCUCUCCUCUCCUCUCCGGUCUCGCCUCUCUCUCCCCUCUCCUCUCCCUCUCUCUCUCUCUCUCCUCCUCUCUUCUUCCUCCUCUCUCUUCCUCCUCUCUCUCUCUCUCUCCUCCCUCUCUCCUCCCCUCCAGCACCAGACAGUACAUCAGGUGUGAUUUCCAAGACAAUCGAGAUAUGUUUGCAAAAAGAAGGGACCAGCUUCGGCUUCGUCAUGAGAGGUACUGGACUAUGCAUUCAUUACACAGGGUUGCGUCCCAAAUUGCACCCUAUUCCCUAUGUAGUGCACUACUUUUGACCAGGGCCAUAGAGCUCUCGUCAAGAGUAUUGCACUUUGUAAGGAUACGAUACGAUACAAUAUACUUUAUUGUCCCCGAGGGGAAAUUUGACUUGGACAAUAAAGUGUGCUGCUGCUUCCACAUAA